CAAAGAGCUGGACGUGAUACUCAGUGGCAACCCCACCUCCAUUGCGAAGGCCCCUGUGGAUACUUCGUUGGCUCACGUGCAAGUCAAGAGUGGACCGAGCCAGGAGGAGGAAAUCUUGGAUGAAGAUGGGGAAGGGACCCAGAGCCAGAGGAUGGCUCGGAGGCCAGAGAUGCAUGCAGUCAGGAGCUCUUUUCUAUCCCGGAGGAGCCUAGCUAGUCACAGCAAUCAGACCUUGGCAAAGCGCAAACAGGAGAGGAGGCCCUGGGUAAAUGGAUCUGAUUUUGGGAAUUGCUGAAGCGAUUUGUUGGGGGCAGGAGGCUUGCAGAAAUCAGUUUUGUCUCCCACCGCAUGCCUAUUCUGAGCGGCGGAACAGGCUAUUGAUAAACUCCCUCACUUCACGGGAAUCUCCAUCAGAGAUCUCCUGGAAACUUUUGUGGAGAUACUGGGCGAUCCAAUGCCACAGGUUCUUCAGCAAAGCUGCUUUGUUUCUCGCCCCAUUAACAGUAACUUUCCCGCGCCACUGUGCCGUCACAGGGGAGGAGGGGACCAUUGCUGCACACAGGCGAGCCGCACAGGGGCCAGGACGGAAGUCGCAGACUUGGAGAAGACCCUCCCUUGAUUCCCUGCUCACCCUCAGCAGUGAGAUAUCUUCCAUAAUGAUCACAAAGAUGACCUUGGGAGGCCUGCCUCCCUUAUUGGUGGCAGAACAGCUGUGUAAAACUAGAAAGCGGCCACGAAGAACUAAGGAGGACUUUUUCCGUGAGGUUAUGAUGCACUCUGCCGCUGAGAAACAGGAAUUGAAGGAGUUGCAGGAUAGCGAGAAGAGGGACCGAACAGAGAACGUGGCACACCAGAAAGAAGCCACGGCGUGGCUCUUAAACGUUAUGGAGCACCAAGUGAACGUGCUCCAGGUGAAACUAGCUGUUCAAACCGAGCAGCUCCACGCCUGCCCCUCCCCUGCAGCCACUGUCACAAAACUCUUUCCCAUGUGCCCCCACCACACUGCCAAUACACUGUUAUCAACCUCCUGGCUUCAGUCUGUACCCGCAGCAUUCCACUCCUCCCACCUCACAGUCCAGCACUGUGGACUUCCACUACCCACUGCACUCAACACCCAUCCCUCUGCAGUUUGGCCCUGCUGAAGUACAGCAUCCGCUUCAUUGUACUCCAAAGGAGAAGGCUGGGUAUGAUCCCUGGAUAUACACAAAUCUGUAGCCGUCCCCGGACCCCUCCUCCUCUUGAUACCUUCCCUUCCCUCAUACCCCUCCCUGCUGAUGAAUUUUUUCAUUUGACUCUCU